GGUGCAUCCGACGAAAAUAAAAAUAAAAGUGGUGUUCGCGUUCUUUCACGACGUCGCAAAUCACAUCAGCAGCAGCAGUUCAGGAUGUGCGACAUUCCCAAGCCCAAGAUGCGAGGACUCCUGGCAGCGCAGAUUCGACGUCAUGUGAUCAUCGCCUCGCUCUUUGCCUUCUCAAACGCGAUGGCCUACAAAGUCUUCGUAGCCGACAAAAGGAAGCAAAUCAUGAGAGACUACUAUCUGGACUACGACCCAGACGUAAGCUUCGAUCAGAUGCGGAAGCACAUGGAAUCGACCGGCAGCUGGAAACCAGGAAAAUAAAUUUCCCCUCUCGUCCUCUCGCCGUAAUCAGCGUCGUCGCGUCAUUAAAUUCUUUUACGGCCGUUUAAGUACCUUCAAACGCAGCCGCCUGCAAGCUCUCUCUUUACUGCACCGAACACUGCAGCGCAUAUAGAGAGGCAAGAUUAAAUGAACUCUCUGCAUUAGAAUUCAUAAAAGUAUAUUCUUGAAAUGCAUGGAAUUUUCGGUUUACGUGGCAAUAAAGCGAGAGCGCCUGUCGUGUUGCGGACGUAUCGGCGCUCAUAAACGCGCGUGUGUGCGUGUGUGUAUAUAUAUAACUUACGUUUUGACAGCGGAAAGUACCAGCGAGCUUGCGAGGCGGUCGUUACAUCAGCGUUUUUCUUCUCUUCGGUGGGACGAAAUAAAAUUCCGAACGACUGCGGCACGCGAUAGUAAAGACUUAAUAUUAGAAGCAACAAAAAAAAACUACGAAGGGAGAAAGUGUUGUGCGUUCUCUCUCCCGGCGCUCUCGUUAGCUUUCCAAUAGGUCGCCUUUUUUACAGCACCGAUAUUGCCGUUUUUUACGGCCCCGUAUACUCUUCUCUGUGCACGCGUUUAUAAUAAGAAAGCUCGCGUCUCGCGGCUGUAACGCGCGAGCGUUGUUGAAGGAUAAUAAAUUUGUUAUACAAAAAAAC